AUACACCGAUUUUUUCCUCUUUAUUUCUUACUUUUUAAAUAUAUAUUUAAGCUCUCUUUGUUAGGAAGACUGUGCUGUCCUCUAUCUUUUUAAUUCUUUAUCUUAACGGUUAAAUAAUUAUAUCUGAUCAUACUUGUUGUGUCGCUUAAAUAUAACUAUUCUUAAACAUAACUUCCCAACGAAAGAAGUAAUAAUAUGUAUUGACACAUUUGCUACUUGAUUAAACAAGUAUUACAAAAAUUUGAGUUGUUAGUGAAAAUGAACUUAAAUUUAAUUGCGGCAGCAUGUGAGGGGAUGGGUAUUGGUGUAAAAGGAACGUUACCAUGGAGACUUAAAAGUGAAAUGGCAUUCUUUACGUCUAUGACAACGAAUACGAAAGACCCAAAUAAAAAGAAUGUUGUUUUAAUGGGACGAAGGACGUGGGAAUGUAUUCCAAAGAAGUACAAACCAUUAAAAAAUCGAAUAAACAUAGUACUUACGUCACAGUCUUUAGAUUAUGGGGACGAUGCGAUAGUAUGCAAAAGUAUUCCACAUGCUCUCGAAGUUAUUAAAAAACCUACAUUAAAAGAUCAAAUCGAAGGCAUAUGGGUAAUAGGUGGAAGUUCCGUAUACAAGGCAGCAAUGGAAUCUCCGAAUUUUCACCGAUUAUAUUUGACAAGAAUAAAAAAACAUUUUGUCUGUGAUACCUUUUUCCCAACUAUUCCUAAUAAUUUUGUUUUGAUAGAUGAUCCUAACAUUCCUCAGGGCGUUCAAGAAGAAAACGAUAUACAAUUCGUAUAUGAAGUGUAUGAAAAAAAAUAGAUUUUUGUAUCUGAAAAUUAUUUAAAAGUAAAAAUGUGAAAUUUUGACCGUACCAUUUUGGCUGCCACGCUGAAACCACAUGUUUCAUUCAGGACGUCACAGUGUUUUAACACAGUGCAUCAUUAGAUGCAAGAUUUGUUCUCAUUUUUUUUAUUGAUGUUCUAAUGAAAAUGUUUUUGUUCAAUGGGGCACUUUUUAUUUGAAAGUAUCUUCUAUUUAUCAGUCGCCCGUAUUCGGGUGACGCUUAUUUGACUACUUGCGAAGCAUCGUCGUGGAUAUUUGAACAGAUAUUCCACAGGAAGUAAUAAAACUAUUGAAUUGUCAUAAAAGUAA